AUGCAAAAGAGCAUGGAUCUUUUGCUAAGAAAACUUCAUGACGGACCCUGUACCGGCAAAGAAUGUGACUUUAACUGCACAAACACCGAAUUCGAUCCGGUGUGUGAUACAAACAGUUCUGUUUACAGAAACCUCUGUGUGUGAGUGAAGUUUCUGAUCAGCGUCUGAUAAACAUGUUCUGUUUCAAGGUUCCAAAUGCGUCGAUGCGAAUUACAAUUAGAGAAUCAGAGAAUUCAACUAGCCGAGGAUAGCAAAUUCUGUUUAAGGGAUCGAGGUAGGCGGUGGAAUGUGCGGAACGCAGCUGUGUUUCGCAAUUCUUUUGGUUUUUGUUCAGAAACUCGACGAUUCAAACUCGCUGGUGUGGAAUCGUACUCAUCCUACGCAGAAGAGCCGUAUGCGGAAGUUCCCGCAACUGCUUCGGAAAGUACAACACCGGAAAUUGUGAAAAGUAGCACUGAAAAGCCUGUCGAAGAAGGAUUUGUAACGAGAAUAACUGCCAAAACUUCGAAGCAGUCUUUUCAUGAUAACUUUUCGGCGAUCUCGGUUAGUUUACCUAGCAAGCGAGAAAAUCGGCGUGGUAGCUGCACCAGCCAGAUACCAUCUCGGCGAUUACUCAAAAAACGACCAAGAUUUUAUCUACGCUCACUGCAUUCACUUUUUUCUAAGCAAGACCAACUUGACAGAGAGAAAGGCCUUGUAUUUUUUGGGCAUGACAAAAGAAGAGGAAGUUUGGGUCACAAAAAAUGCGAAGAAUUUGAAGUUAUGAAAACAAACCUUGAAAUUCCUUUUUCAGAGGAACGAUCUUAAUCGCGUGUGUAGUAUAACCGAAUGCGAUAAAUCAUGGGACCCGGUAUGCGAUACGAGGAACAGGACUCACAAAAACGUUUGCCAGUUCAAGUUUUUUGCUUGCAAGGUACAAAAUAUGCCUGAAAUGUGAAACGACAAGUAUUAGACGACAACGUGUUGCAGAUUAAUAAGAUCGAUGGAAGUGUCAUAGAUAUUGCUCACACAGGAGCUUGUAAAUCUGUAAGAAUAUUGUGUGCUUCUCAAUAAAGUUCCAGAUUUCAGAGGAAAAGUGUUUGUAUUUCGUGUCCGAAAGAUGAAAAACGUAUUCCGGUGUGUGACAACAGAAACAUGGUGAUAUUUCUUGCUCAAACACAGUCUUUACGUGUUUUUUAGACUCAUUUGAAUCUUUGUACAUUUAUUCAAUUCAACUGUGAGGCUCGGAACCGGAAUGAAGAAGAAAGAGUGCUCGUUCAUAUCAAAUCAUGCCACGACCGAAGUCCACAGUUUCAUCUGAGGGUACUUUCCCUCAAAAAUCGUUUAUUCUCGCAGCGUGCUAAUUUUUACUCACUUCAGGAGGAGAUUUGCCCAAGGACGUGCAGCCGUGACGUGAAGCCAGUUUGUGAUGAAGCCAAUAACACUCAUCAAAACCUAUGCCACUUCCAACAGUACAAUUGCAACAUGCGAAAGGUUUGCAGAAAAUGAUCUUACGGCUUUUAGCCUCUGAAUGUGAGGCUUUUGCAGCUAGGGAUCCGAUCUCCUUACUUGAGAUAUUUACGGCCAUGUGUGAAGAAUCGGAAAGUAGAUAACGCUGUGGAAAACGUUGAGAUGAGGGCUACCGUAUCCAGCAUCGAGAUAAAAACGACGAAAACUUCCACCUCAACUACAGUGACCCCAGUCGCUUCGAGACCCACUGUGCCAUCCGAAAAAACAACGUUCAUUGUCAGUGCUUUUGAAAGAGUCAUGGUUCGCAUUUGUUUUCGACAAACCAAAUGUAACUUUUUGUGUUCAGAAAAGUACUAGCACAGAGUCACCAAUCACGACUUCUUCUUCGGUUCCAACACCCACAAUUUCGCCAGAACUAACGACGGCGUUGCGAGAAACCACCACUUUGUCAGAAGUCGCUUAUUUCGACUGCCCGCAGCCGACUUGCCCAACGGACGGACAGCCAGUGUGCGACUCCGCGGGAAAUCUGCACGGGUAGGCUCCUCUGCACCAAACACAUCAGCAAACGGGAAAUGUUCAGAAACCUCUGCGAAUUCACGUAUUCGCGUUGCUUAGCAGCCAGCAGAGGGCACCAGAUACACAUAGCCACGGAAGAGAAUUGCGUUUCGAAAGAGGCCUGCCAAAUGCCCUGCACAGAUGACAAACACCCAAUAUGCGCGUCCGAUUUCUCUACUUACGAUAAUCUAUGCCAUUUCCGCAAACAAAAGUGCUUGGAUCCAGAACUCGAAGUUCUUUUCAAAGGUUUUCAGGCAAAAAAGUAUGUUUUCUAAAUAUUUUGAUCGUUCAGGAAAGUGCAACGAAUGUCUGGACUCGCCUUGUGCUCUACCAGCUGAAAAUGCGCCUGAUGAGUCCUUCGUCUGUCUGGAAGACCAAUCAACGAAAUCACUUUGUGAAUACCAAAUGUUGUCUUGCAUAUUUGAGAAAGGUUAUGGAGUCAAUCUAACUGUUGAAUACGUUAGUUUAUUUGUGUCACGUCCUUUCAUAAAAGGUGGUUGAAAAUGCAGAUUGGUGCAUGUUGCCCUCCAGUGGAAUCUUGCGAUGCGGAAAAACCAGAACCAGUAUGCGCGGACAACGGAGUCACUUUUUUGUCGGAAUGCGAAAUGAAUGUCGAGAAUUGUAAACUGAGAAAACUGGAUCAACCUAAACUAGUGAUAGUUUCAAGGAGCGUUUGUGAAAAGUUAGUGGAUUUUAUCUAAAACUUUUGCUGACAGUUUUCCUUCAGAGACAUGCUCACUGACGAUUUCUCGAACAGCGAACACUUUGACAAGCCAAGUAUCGAAUUCAAGCGGGAAAACUCGUUUAACUGCUCAAUGGACUGCGACAACGCGUACGAUCCAUUGUGUGGAACCAAUGGAAUCACAUACACCAAUGCAUGUUCACUUCAGAAAGAAAUUUGUGAUAACCCAAAGUUGGUCUAUUUUUUAGAAUCAUUUUCAGAAACUGCUUUCUUUUCAGCUCGACCGUCGAAGUCGCAUAUACCGGUAUGUGCUGCGAUACAAGUUGCCCUCUGGAUUUCAGUCCAGUUUGUGACAGUAAGAAUUACACUCAUCAGGCAAGCGUUUCUUCUUGGUGUUCUCGGACCUAUAUUGCAUUUUCAGAAUAUUUGCCAUUUCGGAAUCAAGCGAUGCAUUGCUGAGAGAACGUUUGGAGAUGUUCUUACUAUUGAGAAGUUUGAAAUUUGCAAUGAAGUAAAGGAAUGCAAUGUGCAGUGCCCGAAAGAGUAUUCGCCAGUUUGUGCAUCAAACGGACAGAACAUCAUAAAUGAAUGUGAAUUGAACAAAAUUCGAUGUUUUGUAGAGCAUAAUGUAACAGUUGGGGAGGUGCUUAUGAAAGAUUACGACGGUGAGCCUUGGAUGAUAUCCUGAUUUUGUUUUAUUUUGUGUUCAGGUGAAUGUUGUCGCACUGACAACUGUGAUUUCGCCGCGUUUUCUCCAAUUUGUGACACUGAAGGAGUCACGCAUGCGAAUGAGUGUCUGAUGAACCGAAAUGCAUGCAUACAGCUCAAGAAAUAUGGAAAAACUGUCCAAGUUGCAUAUCAAGUGAGCAAAUGUUCUAUUAAAAAACGUUCCCAUUCAUAUUCGUUCAUUUUUCAGGGUCAAUGUUGCUAUCAGCCUUGCGAAGAAGAGAUUGCUCCCGUCUGUGAUGGAACCACAACUCAUUCCAAUACUUGCCAAUUUAGGUAUUCUGGCAUUUUCAGUUUCCGGUCCAUGAUUCAUUUUCUUCAGAAUCGCACAAUGCGAGGCUGAGCGGGUGAACAAGACCUUAAACAUUGUGUACCCCGGAGAAUGUUGUAUACUUCCAAAAGGGGAAUGUGAAACUUCCGGGCCAGUCUGCGACGCGGAGGGUCAAACUCACUCGAAUCACUGUUUGUACCAGCAGAAAAGAUGCAUCGCACAAAGAAUCACUAAAAAAACGCUGAAUAUUGUGCACACAGGUAGUCACGGAUCGGUUAGGCAUGAGACACAAACCAUUUUUGCAGGUGAAUGCUGUGCUCUUGCAUCGUGUCCGAAAACGGGUCAACCUGUUUGUGACUCAAUGGGAAGAACUCACGAUUCGUUGUGUCAUUUUCAUAAUUCAAAGUGUAUAUUUGACAAGAUACAUUCUCUGAAUAACACGUUGAACUUGGAUUAUCAAGGUAAUUUUUUCUAUUAAAAACAUCAUAAUCAUAAGUUCAAUAUCUAUGCAGGGAAAUGCUGUCCUUCCGGAUGCACUGAUGAGCUUUCGGUGACGUGUGAUCAGCAUGGAAACAUUUAUCGAAAUACGUGCUACUUUAAUUUGAAAGCUUGUGAAAUUUGGAGGAGGUUGCGAAAUUUCACAAUUUUAACAAUAGUACAUUAUCUUACAAAUUCAGGACACAAGACGUACUACUCGCCACACCCUGCCCGCUAUUACGAACAUAA